AUGUAUGAGCAAUUGCCAGUGCCGUUUGGCCUGGUGCGCUAUGGUGUUGCGCCGGAUCAUCCGGAAGUCAAGAAUUGCGAAGAAAAAUUCACCGAAGUAGCAACAUCUUCUCGAUUCAAUUUCAUCGGAAACAUCGCAGUAGGCUCCCAAUUGCCAUUUUCCACACUCAAACCGCAUUACGACGCUAUUCUCUUCGCCUACGGUGCGGCUAAGGAUCGGGAACUGGGUAUUCCGGGCGAGGAUGCCAAAAAGAAUGUUCUAUCGGCUAGAGCGUUUGUGGGUUGGUACAAUGGGUUGCCAGAAUACCGCGAUCUGGCACCGGAUUUGACGGCAGGGGAACACGCUGUGGUUGUUGGUCAGGGAAAUGUCGCUCUAGACGUGGCAAGGAUUCUCUUGUCGGAUGUGGAUGCUUUGCGCAAAACAGAUAUCUCAGAGCAUGCGUUGGAAGAGCUGUCAAGAAGUAAGAUAAAGCGCGUGCGGGUUGUUGGAAGGCGCGGGCCAAUGCAGGCUGCCUUUACUAUCAAGGAGAUACGUGAGCUUAUUCAACUUCCCUCCGUUUCGUUCGACACUAUACCAAAAGACUUUCUCCCUCCGGAGGAUAUCGUUGCUGCGCUUCCGCGCGCACAAAAACGAUUGAUACAGCUUCUAGCCAAGGGAUCCGCUACAGAUCCAAGUAGUGCCAGCAAAAGCUGGUCUCUUGACUUUCUUCUUUCUCCUCAUUCCUUACAUUGGUCACCAAUGUUUCCCUACCGGCUGUCUCAUGCCAAGUUUAUUCGAAACGAGUUCUCAUCUCCCGACCCAUUCGCACCAGAUGCCAAAGUUCAACAACAUUUUUUGACCAGCGGUAAUCCGGCCCAGGUUAAUAUUCCGUGUAAUGUGUUUUUCCGGAGUAUAGGCUACAAGUCUCUGCCGCUCCCCGGCUUCGAGGGGUUGGGCAUUGAGUUUGAUGGACGACGCGGAAUCAUUCCCAAUGACGGCUUCGGACGAGUUACGAGCACUACUCGCGCGGCGGAGGAUACUACGACACCCCUGGAUCAAACACACAUCUCGCAUUUACCCGGCUUGUACUGUGCAGGCUGGGUCAAACGUGGGCCGACUGGAGUGAUUGCUUCUACGAUGAUGGAUGCUUUUGGUACAGCAGACUCUAUUGUAGCGGACUGGGAAGCAUCCAAAUCGAGCAGCGAGGCCAAAAUAUCAUUUUUGAACUCUACAUCAGGCGGAAGCACUGGCCUGGGUUGGGAGGGCGUGCGAACUGAGGCCAUGCAGAGAGGACUACAACCUACCUCGUGGGAAGACUGGCAGCGCAUCGACUCUGUUGAGAAGGAAAGAGGCAAGGCAAAGGGGAAACCUCGGGAGAAGUUCGGUCGCGUAGAGGAGAUGUUGGAUGUUAUACGAUAA